AUGAGACUCGCUUUAUGGGGUUGCUUUGUAUCCACGUGUCUGGUAGCCGCCGUGGCGCCCGGGUCAAGUCCCGAGGCCAUACUAUCGGCCCCUCCCGGCCGAGCUGCUGCCAAUGAUGGGCGCGGCGAAGCGAAGCCGGCCGACGCGGCGGAAAGAAUCUCGGACAAGAUAGCCGCCUUGCCGGCCGACGACGAGUACUACUCGCUCGAAUUGGUCCCGCCCCAGAGCGAGACAAGCCUCGCCAAGUUGCGGCAGCGCAUCGACAGCGCGAAGCAAGACGGACGACUGCUCUUCGUCAGCGUUACCUGGCGUAUUGGCAACACGACGCCGGAGCAGUCACUGGAGUUCGCCGAGCUGUGCCAGCGCGAGCUUGGCGUCACGGCACUGCUGCACAUGUCGGGUACCAACAUGAGCACUCAGGAGAUGGACAGGACGCUGGAGGAUGUAAGGGCUCGUGGCAUCCGAAACAUCUUUGCCGUCCGCGGCAACCGAUUGCCAGGUGCCGAGAACAGCGCAGUGCCGCAAGCCUUUCCCUGGGCUGUCGACCUGGUGCGGCACAUACGAGAGAAACACGGCGACUACUUCUGCAUCGGCGUCGCGGCCUACCCCGAGGGCCAUUUCAACGCGAGCGAUGCGCGAAGCCAGAGCCUUGAACACGACCUCCCCUUCCUCGCGAAAAAGGUCGAGGCCGGCGCCGACUUUGUCAUCUCGCAGCUGUUCUUCAACGGCAGCGCCUACGAUAGUUUCGAGACAAGACUGAGGGAGUAUUCUAACGCCUUUGCAACCAUCCCCAUCUUGCCCGGAAUCCUGCCCAUCCAGAGCAAAAGUUCGGUAGAAUUUGGCGCAAGGCUGGCCCAUGCGACGGUGCCCGACGACCUCAUAAGCCGGCUAGAUAAGUUCGAGGGAAACAAGGACAAGGUCCGGGACGAGGGCGCCAACGCUGUAAGCGAGCUGGUCCAACAGGUCCGCGCCACGCAGUGCAGACAUGGCGGUCCUAGGGGGUACCAUUUCUUCAACGCGAACGAGGGCAAGUCCGUGUCGCUCAUCCUCGACAAGUCCAACAUCGUCCCGGGGCCUGGCAGGUGCAGCAACCAAGGCGCGCUUUUUGGUUGUCGCAGCACCGACUCGGCGGCGACGUAA